AUGGCCUCUGACCAGAACUGUCGCACCCGGAGCAAUGCCCUCACCACUGGUCUCACGAGUCAUGUCAUGGCAGAGCAAGUGCUGGGAUUUUUGGACCGUGACAGCAUCCUCAGUUGCCUGGCAGUAGAGGAUCUAUCCAAGCAUUUUGAUCUAAAGAGCUACUACUGUAGUAUACAUGGUUCUAAACUGGAAUCCCAGGUGGAUCGUCGAAGAGACCUGGAAGACAUGGUAGAAAGCGAUGAUCAUCAAGGUGACGAUGAGGAUCAAAAUAGCGGCGAUGAGGAUCAGAAUAGCGCCAAUGAAACUGAAACUGUUGCGGCUGAAGGCUAUGAUGAGAAAGCUGAACUCGAGGCGAACAUUGGCAACGGGAUCGCAGAGAAAAUGGACAGCAAAAAUGCUACGUCCAGUGUAGUCCACAUUGAGUGCGCAGAUUGUGUUGAGGCCGAAUUUGAUCGUGAACGCUGCAUUCCUUGUGAGCAAUUUGAAAACAUGGAGGAAUUGAAUCAAUGCAAUGAGUGUCAGCAUAAGGAGUCAAUGGGUGCACUGAAUGUUUCUAUGAGAAUGGGUUCCAUUGUGCAGAAUGUGACACAACAUUCUGUCUCGAUUGCCAAGAAUGUGGCUUUUGUGAGCUUUGUUAUACACGUUUCUGCAUAUCUUGUAAGGGGCCCUGGAGCUGCAAUACAUGUGGAAAUGGGUUUUGCAAAGAUUGCUGUGAACAGGCUAAGUGUGACGAAUGUGGCCAGCUGCAUGGUUGCGAUGACUGCUGCGUCCAGACCAGCUUUUCCUGCGGACGUUGCACCAACAGAUAUUGCCUCGAGCAAUGCAAGGAUUCUCUUUAUUGUGACCUGUGCAAGGAUGAUGUCUGUAUCUCCUGUGAUAAGGGCUCCUUUUGCUCUGCCUGUCAAGAAUACCAUUGUUCUUCGCACGGAGAGUACUUUUGCUGCCAAGAUUGUGGUAAGGGAUCUCAUGGAGAGAAGUUCCAGUGCGCAGAAUGCGAGACAGUGA